CUGGACCGAAUCGCAGUCCCUACUACACGUCAGCUGUCGAGUCGAAAGAAGGGCUCGAGUUCCUCUCCGUCUCCGUCCCUUAAUUUCGGCCCAAAAUGACGGUCAGGAACGCGAUAUGGCUGCUCUCGUUGGCCUUGUUGACAGCAGCACAGCAGAGAGUGGCCCCGGGAGUCCCGCCGGCGCAAUAUCAAGGGGGGCAACAGCAGCAGAUGAGGCCUCCCCCGCCGCCGCAACCUGGACAAUAUCAGGCUGCAGCACCAGGUGUCCCCAGCCGCAGCAGGCAGCUCAAGGCCACCAACCACACCAGAACCAGCGUGUGCUGCACAACCCUAACCUGGGCAAGGAGCGUGAUCAUAUCAAAGAGCAUCUUGAGGUGCCUAUUGACACAGCAGGCAUGUCUGAGCAGGAGCUGCAGUACCACUAUUUCAAGAUGCACGAUGCUGACAACAACAAUAAGCUUGACGGGCAGGAGCUGAUCAAGUCGCUAUUCCAUUGGCAUGACUCGGCCAACCAUGACCCAGGCAAGUCCGCCAGCCACCCAGAGGCCAAGCUCUUCACUGAUGAUGAGCUUGUAGCCAUGAUUGAUCCAAUUCUUGAACAGGACGACCGCAAUCGGGAUGGAUACAUAGACUACCCAGAAUUUGUGCAAGCACAGCGUAAUGCAGCAGCUGCAUCUGCAUCAACAGGAACUAAUAACGUGUAAUUUAUUAGAGGAUACUUUCUGUUUUUUUCUUUCUCUCCUUUUUUUUUCUGAUGUCAUUGAUGAUCGUGGCAGAAUGCAGAUUGGAUUUAGUUUUUUUUUUUUUUAUCAAGUGCAAACAAUGCUGUGGGGACAUUGCACAGAUGGGAAAGCUUCAACAAGGGUAAUUGUGCUUCCAGUAUUUUUCUUUUUCAGUUAACUUGUUGAAACCAAGGGCAUGUGUACAUGCCCCAGAACAGUGUCGGUCAUGCUUCAUGGUAAAUGGUUUUUGUUUUGUUUUUUGUAGCAGAUAUACAUAUAUUUUUAUUCAGAUGGAUAUUGGAUGAAAAUGUUUAAAAAAAGAAAAAAAAAGUGUAAAUUGAUCAUGAACGGUGCCAAUAAAGUGCAAGACAUUGACAAGAAAAUGAAUUAUCUUUACAACUUUAUUAAUUUAACUUUAUAAUUCAUAUAAAUUUUGGGAGAGGAAGGAAGCGCAUAGUGAAUCAUUUCUUUCUCAGAUGUUAUUUAUACCUUUUUCUGUUUUUUUUAUGGUGUUUAGUUCUUUCUCUUUUAUUUUUGUAAGAUAGGAGGUUGAUGCACAAAUGAUGGAGUAAAAAAAGACAUGACAUUACUGUUUUUUAAUUAAAUGACACAAAAAUGUGAGUAAUGAGUGAUUUGGGCUCUGAUAAUACUGCUCAAGGUUACCAGGAGGACUCUCUUAUCUAACGUGUAAAUAAAUGUAUUAUCUUUUUAUGUGAUGGAAUGUAAUUUUCUCGAUUUUUAGAAAUGUAAGGUUAAUCUGUUAGUGAUCAUCAGGGUUAACUUUUUGUAUCAGAUAUACAGAUAUGGUAUCCAUAGGUAAAGUCUGCUAGAGAAUUAACAUGGCAUAUUUUGUCAUGGAAGAGUACUCAGCCUUACAAAAGGUGGUAUGAUUUACAAUAAAUAAAAUGUAUAUUUAGGAGAUAUUUGUUUCCUCAGACUGAAGGUUUUUUUUUUUUAGUUAAAAUUAGAUUCUAUGUCUUUAUAUUUUUUUCUGAUUGUAAUAUUUUGUCCUUAUCCUAGGAUCCAUUGUCACAAUUUGUCACUGUGUUAGCAUUCACAAAAAAUUAAUUUGGAAUCUCAAAUAUAUGGGUGAUUUUAUGUAUUUCAUUGUAAUACUAUUCAGUAUUUUUUUCAUCUUUUUCAGUGGUUAUGGAUUUCCAUUUUUAUAUGACAAUAAGUUAAUAAAAUAUAUUGGUUAAA